CCUCGCUUUGAAGUUUUAAUCAACACAUCAUCUGUCUAUCUUCCACUCGAUCAAACGAACAUAACCGGAACCGUCACUGGACAAUACCUGUAUGGAAAACCAGUGAGAGGAAAUGUGACAGUUAGCAUCUCCAACCCGGUCAUCCCACAGAUGCUCAACAAAACUUUUGAGGUGAAUGGGACUGUCCAUUUCAGCUUUGCUACUGCUGAACUUCAGGAGAUCUUCCCUAACCUAUUUGGAGAUUUUCUGGGGUUUGAACUUUUAUCCCCAGCAAACCAGUCAUUGCGGUCACUGAUAGGACCUUGGCUGGAACCCUACAUGUUUCAUAAAUUCCCACUGACAAUCAAAGCUGCAAUGACAGAAUCACAAACAGGAGUGAUGCAAUCCACAGACAUAAAAGUCACCGUUUCAUUUGUGAAAUACCGGCUGCAGAUUCUCAGCUAUCAGAAAAUAAUAAAGCCGCCGCUCAACUUCACAGCCAAGGUCCAGGUGAUACGUGUCGAUCACAGGAAACUGACCCUGCAAGACAGAGAGAACAUUCUGGUUUUCCAAAUAUCACAGAGCCAGAGACACCCAUUUGUAAACCCAACACUCACCAGCAAACCAUCAGAUCGUCGUAACGUUGCCAGGGAUAUCUGGGAGACAUCCUCACACACCAUCAAUGCCACUGUUCCAGAGAGUGGAUUGGUUAAGCUUCAGUUUCCACUGUUGCCAAACACUGUGAGCUUAUGGAUACAGGUUACAUUUGAGAAAACUGUAGAACAUAUUUCAGUGAGUAGUAAUGCUUGGCCUUAUGAGAGACCAGUCAUCCAACUUCAAACUCAGACUCCCAUCCUCAAGGUGGGGUUGCCGUUUGAAGUUUCCAUUGAAAGCUCGGAGUUAUUGAACGAGACGACCUAUCAGGUGGUGUCACGGGGACAGGUGGUACUCACAGGUAAAAGCAACCUGACCACAAUCCAGCUAACGCCAGAACUUUCCUGGGCUCCUUCAGCAAGUCUCAUCGUCUACUACAUUGCAGAAGAUGGCCAGAUUGUUCAUGAUGAUUUGGAGCUCGAAGUAGAAGGCAUCUUUGCAAAUAAGGUAUCAUUGUCUUGGAACAAGGAGCAAGUAAAUCCAGCUGAUAAUGUCUCUCUCAGCGUGUCCACCAACAUAGGCCAGUCACUUGUCGGGGUCUUAGUGGUGGACAAGAGUGUUCGACUACUGAAGGGAGGGAAUGAUCUCACAGAAGAGAUGGUUAUUCAGGAAUUAAAAAGUGCGACUAAAGACAACGCCAAGCCGACUUAUAGCUGGUAUCCCCAUAAUGUAUUUCAGGACAAUGGUUUAAUUGUGUUAACAGAUGCAUCUCUUCCACGCAGAGAGCCAUUCUACAUAACCUUCCGUGAUGACAACAUUGAGUUUAAAGUCACGAGCCAUGUGGUUGAGCCAGAAGAUCAGAGAAUCAGAACAUACUUUCCAGAGACGUGGAUAUGGUUGGAUAUGUUAACUGGUUCAAGUUCAAAUGUUAGCAUCCAGAGAACAGUUCCAGACUCCCUCACCACCUGGAUUGCCAACGCUUUUGUGAUUUCUGAGAGCCGAGGACUUCAAUUGGCCACUGGACCUGCCCAGCUGGAAGUAUUCAAAUCUUUCUUCCUGGAACUAAACCUUCCAUACUCUGUAACCAGAGGUGAACAACUCAUUUUGGAAAUAAACAUUUUCAACUACCUGCGACAGACGCUGGAGGUUUGGGUGACAGUGGAACCAAGUGAUUUGUUUGAUUUCAUCAUCAUCCCAGACGAAAAGGACGCUGUCCCCAAUAAACUGAAAGGCUCUGUGUUGAGUCAAGAUUCCCACGUGUUUUAUUUCCCCAUCAAGAUGAAGGGCCCUGGGAAGACUCCUAUCACAGUUAAAGCCACGUCUGAAGUCGCAUUCGAUGCUGUUACCAAAUACGUUUUAGUAAAGGCUGAAGGAAUACAAAAGUCAUUCUCUCAGGCUCUGUUCAUUGCCCCAGAAGCUGGGGGACAGCUUUGGUCCAAGGAAGUGCGGUUCACUUUUCCAGAAAAUGUGGUGGUAGGCAGCGAAAUCGCCCACAUCACUGUGAUCGGUGAUGUCCUUGGACCUUCCAUCAAUGGAAUCGAGGACCUUCUUCAGAUGCCUUAUGGAUGUGGUGAACAAAAUAUGAUCAGAUUUGCUCCAAACGUGUAUAUUUUGCAAUACCUAACAGCCAUUAACCAAGUUAAUGAGGAGAUUAAGGAGAAGGCUUUGUCGUAUUUGAUGCAAGGUUACCAAAGGGAGUUGACAUACCAAAGAUCGGAUGGUUCCUUCAGUGCUUUUGGAAAUUCUGAUCCUUCCGGAAGUACUUGGCUGUCAGCCUUUGUGCUAAGGUGCUUCUUGCAGGCACAGGAUUUCAUUUACAUUGACACGAUGGUUUUGGAAGAGACCAUUUCCUGGAUACUCAGACAUCAGAAUAAAAACGGUGAAUUCCAGGAGCCUGGACGAGUUAUCCACUCGGAGUUACAGGGUGGACAGAGUGGACCUGUAACUUUGACUGCCUACAUACUGACAGCUCUUUUGGAGGAUCAGAAUUACAUGAGCAAAAUUUUAGGCCAGGUGUCAGACGCUGUGAGGUAUCUCGAAGCCAAGCUGCAAGAUGAAAUCAAUAGCAACUACAGUCUGUCUCUUGUGACUUACGCUUUAACCUUGGCCAAUAGCAGCUAUGCAUCGCAAGCUCUGAAUGAGUUAAACCAACGGGCAGAUAAGCAAGAUGGUGUCAGGUUUUGGUCGUCUCCUCCGAACACACCCGUCCCGCUGUGGAGCCACCGACCCCUUUCGUCAGAUAUCGAGAUAGCUGCCUAUGCUCUGCUCUCACACCUGAGGCAGGGCAAGCUGCUGGAGGGCAUUCCCAUUAUGCACUGGCUCAGUGAACACAGGAACCAUCUUGGAGGCUUCUCCUCAACGCAGGACACUGUGGUAGCUCUCCAGGCCUUGUCCCAGUUUGCAGCUCGGAGCUUCUCUCCUACAAUGAAUCUCAUGGUGUCAGUCACAGGACCGGGGCUACCCAUGCCGGCAAACUUCAGUAUCAACCGCUCAAAUGCGAUUGUGCUUCAGAGCAAACAGAUUGGAAUUCAACAACCCAUGCUGAUUACUGUAACAGCACAGGGCCAAGGACUGGCCAUUUUCCAGCUGAACAUUCUAUUCAAUCUGGAGAGUGAAGUUGCAUCAAAGAGAUGGCGAUCUGUGGAGACGGAACUGUUUGACUUGGACGUUGAUGUUUUAGAUAAUAUGGAUGACCUGAAUCACCUAUCACUACAUAUCUGUACCAGGUAUCGAGGUAAGGGAAACAUCUCCAGCACGGGAAUGGCUCUGAUGGAAGUCGGAAUGCUGAGUGGCUUCGUCCUGGAAAUGGACAGGAUCCAGAUCAAAGACCCAAUGAAAAAAGUCGAGUUCAAAGCCGGGAAAGUCAGUCUGUAUUUCGAAUCGUUGAAUGACACAGAGGUUUGUGUGAACAUCCCCGUGAUAAGGGACUCCAAAGUUGCGAACGCCCAGGAUGCUGUGGUCAGUGUAGUUGAGUACUAUGAGCCAGCGACAAUUGUGGUGAGGACAUACAGCUCGAAGGUGAUGUCGGACACUGACACUUGUACUUUCUGUGGUGUUGACUGUAACCUGUGCAGCUCCCAGUUCAGCUCCAUAUCAGACCAGUCUACAACCCUUCCUCUGAUGGCAUGGAACGUCCUCCUGCUCUGUCUUCCCAGCGUUUAUCUCAGCUUAUCUUAAUUACACAGCUAUCAUUGAUUAUAAAAUCUGCCUCUUGGUGAAAUAAUUACUGCUUUAAUUGGGAGAGAGAUUAAGAAAGACUGGCAGAAACAUGUUUGUAUCUGGCUUGGAAACUGCCUUUCGUAAACUGCUGUUCAUAAUUUCUUCAACGUCCUCCUUUUGUAAAUGUGUUCAUAUAAAAGGUGUAUUUUUUUUUGUGAAUGUUUCUCCUCUUUUACCCUGCCUUUAUAAUUGUAGUCGCAGCUGCUUUAACCCAACCUCUCCAGAUUUCAGAGCGAGCGAGACUACACUGAAUUUACAACUGCUCACUGAGUUAUUUCCUCUUCAACUCACUGCAACAAACUUUAGAUAUAUCAGCUUGCUGUGUUUGGAAACUGGCAUGUUUCAAUAUUCACAUAGUGCAUGAACUUCCCUGACUUUCUCCUCUGGCCUCCUUGUGUAUGUGCGUGCAUGCUUGAUUUUCCAUUUGCAAGUCCUGAUUCGCAACAGAAAUAAAAGAAAAUCUUUAAUUCACUUAGACUAAAUCAUAAUUAAGUUGUGUGUGUAUGUGUGCAGCAAAGGGAUCAGGUCUGGCUGAUAUUCUGUAAAA